GGGAGUGACCGCGUAUUCGAUUUAGUGUUCCGAAAAAAAUGUUCAAAGUCAUACGAGACGGCAGCGUUAGGGUAAGAGCAAGUAAUUUCCUAAAACGAUCCAAUACGAUACGAUUUUCGAGUGGCGCCGGUUCCAAAGAUGAGGUCGUGUCGUCGGCCGAUGUUGUUAUUAUCGGGGGAGGCAUAGCGGGCUGUAACACGCUCUACCAGCUAUCGAAGCGAGGCGUGAAUGCGGUUUUAUUAGAAAGAGCUAAAUUAACAAGCGGAACGACAUGGCACACCGCCGGAAUGGUAUGGUCCCUUCGACCGUGCGAUUUGGAAGUAAAAUUGCUUCGAGAUUCGAGAACUGUAUACAGCGCGCUCGCGAAAGAAGUAGACGAUUACGCCGGAUGGAUAAACAAUGGAGGCAUGUUCAUAUCAAGAAGCACGGUUCGUACACAAGAGUAUUUACGUCUUCAUACUUUGGGUAAAGCAAUGGGAAUCCCCAGUGAAGUGUUGGACCCUCAUGAAGCGCAGAAAAUCUUUCCACUGUUGGACCCAUCAGCGUUCAAAAUGGCUCUUUACGCAACGGAAGACGGUACUAUCGAUCCGGCGAUGGCUUGCAGUGCGCUUGUCAAGGUUGCUAAGAAGAACGGUGCAAAGGUUUACGAAGACUGUCCGGUUGUUGACGUUCAUUAUUCGCACAACCUGCUCGGAAAUAAGGAAGUAACCGGGGUACACACGGACCGAGGUUUCAUUAAGACCAAAUGCGUGGUGAACUGUGGAGGUGCUUGGGGUGCAAGAGUAGCCAGGUUUGCGGGAGUACCUUCAUUGCCACUGAUACCUUUCAAACACGCGUAUAUAGUGUGCGAAGCUAUCCCUGAAAUAAGAGGUGGACCCAACAUCAGGGAUCAUGACACGAGCUUAUAUAUAAAGGUGCAAGGGGAAACCUGCAGCAUUGGAGGUUACGAGGGAAACCCACAUAUGUUAGAUCAGGUACCAGACAAUCUGCAGUUCCACUUGUACGAACUGGACUGGGAUGUGUUCGGUGUUCAUAUGCAAAGCGCCACGUCUCUGUGUCCCAAGCUCGGGACGACGGGGAUCAAGAGUACGAUAUGCGGUCCAGAGUCGUUCACGCCUGACCACAAACCUUUGUUGGGAGAAGAUACCAACGUCUUUGGUUUAUACCACAACUGCGGAUAUAACUCGGCCGGCAUGAUGUUUUCCGCUGGUUGCGCCAUACAAAUGGCGGAAUGGAUCACCAAAGGCAGGCCGCACUACAACAUGUUCUCGUUUGACAUACGUCGCUUCACGCCCGCGCAAAUGUCGAGAGCGCACUGGAUGCGCGAGAGCAGCCACGAGUCGUACGUCCGGAACUACAACAUCGUGUUCCCGAACGACGAGAAGCUGGCGGGCAGGGACGCCAGCCACGACGCGCUGCACCAGGAGCUGGUCGACGACGGAGCCGUCAUGCAGGCCAGGGCCGGCUGGGAGAGACCCGCCUUCUAUAUACCCGGGGAAAAGAUAAGAGUUCAGCAGUAUGACUGGGGCGGUACCAACGAUUAUCCGAGGAACAUCGACCAACGCUACGAAGACAUCUUGAAGGGAGAAUACACUUUCGGUUUCUCGAAGCAUCACGAUUUGAUCGGCAAAGAGGCGCUCGCCUGCCGGAACGGGGCCGCGUUGUUCAACAUGUCUUAUUACGGGAAGUUCUACCUGACAGGACCCGACGCUCAGCGCACCGCCGACCUGGCCUUCACGGCUGACUUAACUAAACGAGACGAAAGGGUGAUGUAUUCUCUACUUCUAAAUGACAAAGGCGGUGUCGAAGCCGAUGUUACUGUCAGCAUUAUGGACGGUGGCAGUGGACAACUGCACGAACCUAUAUUCAAAGGUCGAGGGUACUACGUGGUGACGAGCGGUUUCAGUGCGAACCACACGUUGGCACAUUUGAGGCGGAUCGUGCAAACCCACAAACUCAGGGCCACCAUCACUGAUGUGUCGAAACAACUUUGUAUCCUCAGUAUACAAGGACCUAACAGCCAAAGAAUCCUCCAGCGCUACACAGACGCAGGGCUAUCGAACGACGCAUUCCCUCUUAACACGCACCGGAGUAUCCACGUAUCGAAAGCUCCUUAUUCCCCCGAGAAUAAGACCUACACUUGCCGAGCACUGCGCGUGGCCUGGGCCGGCGAGCUGGGCUGGGAGCUGCACAUCCCCUCCGCGAACGCUGUGCAAGUGUACCAGGCUCUGAGGAAAGCGAAAGGCCUGACUAAUGCAGGAUGGAGGGCUCUGACCUCUCUCAGUGCUGAAAAAGGUUAUCAUCUAUGGAACGCUGAUUUAAGACCGGACGACAACCCCAUCGAGGCGAACCUUGGUUUCACUUGCAGGAAAGGUGGCGAGUAUAUCGGGAACGAGUACGUAACGAAGGCCCUCGCUAAUGGCGUAACUAAGAAAUAUGGCUACUUCACACUUGACGACAAAGUUGCUUUGUUCGGCCACGAAGCUAUAUUCAGAAACGGCGUGCCGGUCGGAUACCUGCGACGCGGAGACUACGGCCACUAUCUAGACAAACCAAUAGGGAUUGGUUACGUUACGAACAAAGACUCGAUCGUGACCAAAGAGUAUUUGAAAGAAGGAAACUACGAGAUAGAAGUGAUGGGACAGAAGUACAAGGCGACGUUUCACUUCAAAUCCCCUUUCGACCCUCACGGGCAAAGGCUGCUCGGAAACUACGGAGAUCAGGGCAUGGAUGAGAACACGCACGAACCUCACGCUGGACAAAACGAACGGGCUGGCGGCAGUGAAUAAUAGCUACUUACUUGCCGUAUCAUACCAACAACUCUUUGCACAAUUUUUUUUUUUAAAUAUAUGUAACGUUCUGUGACUGAUGAAGUUUGAAAUAAAAAAAUAUUUUAACAUAA